AUGAACAAAAUCAAUAAUGAAAAGAAUAUCGCGACGUUAUCCAUCGUCCGUAACAUGACGAACAAUUGCCUCCGGAGAUUGGGCAUGAAUCGAACUAAUUUAAGAAUUCUCAGUAAUCGAAAUGUCCUCAAAACAGACAAGCCCGAAUUGCCGCUGGCUCCCUCGCCACCCAUAAACGCCUGGCAUAAUUCAACAGCACUGAAAUUAGGUAACGGUAGCAGUUUUAUUAUGUGGUAUCAGCAAGUUUUAAAAAAUUUCCACCACAACUGCAAGCAUGUUUGA